GCCUGCGGGAUGGUCGAUUAUUAUUACAUUUUCUACGCGUGAUUCUGUGAUCUACGCUGCGCCCGAGGCGGUGGUGAAUCGAUAGGAUGUUGAGAGUCGUGUGCCGUACGAUCCGUGUUGAGCUUUCUCAAUUGUGAUAAACUUUGUGAACUGUGAUAUGUUUGCCUUAUAGAUAUAGCGGCAUGAAUCUUUAUAUGCAGUGUCAUCGUGAGCUGUGAGAAAGAAACCUCAACUUAAUGUUAGUCUAUAGGAAAUAUUUCCAAAAUGACUUUCCGUUGUGUGCCUACAUUCCAAACCGUGUCCAACGAUAGCAACGCCACCUGGGAGCGCCUCGGCGGCGGCGGGCUGGGCCUUGCUGGCGGCGGGUUCCGCGGCGGAGGCCAGCCCUCGCUUGCCGACUUCCAGCCGCCGUACUUCCCGCCACCCUUCGCGCCGAGCGCACACCCCGCUAGCCCGCAUCAGCAACAGAGCCAUGGCAUGGAAUACGGCAACAGCGGCGAGUACGGGCAGCACUACGCGCCGCAGCAGCUGCUGCCGCGGCACCACGGCCACCACGAGCCGCACUCCCACCUGCGGCACCGGGACCACCAUGAUAUACACUCGCACCAUUUAUCCCAUGGCGGCUUCAGCUACGGCGGUGGUGAGAGGCGAUCAGACUACGGAGUGCGGGAGCAGCAUGAGCUCGCCUUACACCAUGCACUGCAUUCCACUGAUGAAACACAGAAUGCGGGCAUGGACGACACAAGUGGUUUUAUGACAGAUCUACCAUUAUUAAAAACUAUGAAAGGCAGAGACGGCCUCUCCUCCGGUUCAUGUGCACCGAACGACGUGUUCUGCUCAGUGCCCGGGAGGUUGUCCCUCCUCUCCUCUACCAGUAAAUACAAGGUGACAGUCGCGGAGGUGCAGAGGAGGCUGUCACCGCCGGAGUGUCUGAAUGCCUCACUGCUGGGAGGGGUUUUAAGAAGGGCAAAAAGCAAAAAUGGUGGUCGAUUAUUAAGGGAGAAAUUAGAAAAAAUUGGUUUGAACCUACCAGCGGGGAGACGGAAAGCCGCUAAUGUCACAUUACUCACUUCACUUGUAGAAGCCGAAGCAGUGCACUUAGCGCGCGACUUCGGCUACGUGUGCGAGACAGAGUUCCCGGCGCGUGCGCUGGCGGAGUACCUCGCGCGGCAGUACGCGGAGCACGACGCGCGACGCCGACGCGACCUGCUGCAGGCCACUAAACAGGUGGUCAAAGAAGUGAUGGACCUGCUGAACCAGGACCGAUCCCCGCUGUGCAACACGCGGCCGCCGCACCUGCUGGAGCCGGCGAUACAGCGCCACCUCACGCACUUCUCGCUCAUCUCGCACGGGUUCGGCGGGCCCGCUAUAGUGGCCGCGCUCACUGCUAUACAGAACUUUUUAAACGAAUCCCUGAAGCAUUUAGACAAAUUGUACCCACAAAGCGGAAUGGUGUCCUCAUCGUUAGACAAGACAAAAAUGGACCCCGACAUCAAGAAGUAGCAGAUAAUUCGAACAACGACUUGAACAUUUUAUUUGACUGGCAACAUUUUAUUUGUCAAAGUAAAUGUCAAAUAAGUUACGGAAGUUCUAUGAACUACGUUGUUCUUACUACUUCCGUGGUCUAUUAUUCUAUUAGUCUAUGGAACGAAAAAAUUGUCACUGCCGUUGCAAGUUGUUUUUUUUUUAACACUCGAUUUGUAUAAAUAUGAAUUUGUUUUGUUAACCGACUUCUUGCGUACAAAUUCUACAAUGUUUUUUUUAUUUUAUAAACUUACAGCUAAAACUUUUGCUCAUUACUCAGCUCAAAAAAAUGCGUAUAGUAUUUUAUAAAUUCUGUACUUAAACCAUUUUUCUUUGUGGUUUUGUUACUUAGAUUCUGAUUUUUUAGUAAUCUAUAGUCGGAAUAACAUGCAUUUAUAACAUUAAAUACUUGCGUUUAUAGCAAAACCGCAUACAAAUAAAGUGCAAUUAUAUAAAUACUCAAGAUUGUGAGAAUUUGUAAAUAUAGAUAAAAUAAAUUAGUUAUAAAUUUAAGCGUUUAUGAUAUUGCCCGUUUUGUAUUCUCUUCAAAGAAAUAGUAUUUUUAAUAACAAUGAGCCAGCGCAAUAAGACACACAUAUCAAGGUAAAUGUAAAUAAUUGAAGUAAGAUGAAAAAUUAAUACAGUAUAAGAUUUUUUUCAGUCAGUUAUAAUUAUUUAAAGUCGAACCUCCUUAGUUAAUAAUUUGUAAUUAGACAUAGUUUUGCUAGAUUCUUUGUGAACGUGUGCCAAUUAGUUUUUAAUGCGAGUCUAAAUAGAUUUUCAAUUGAUAAGUGUUUAUUAUGUAUUUAUUAUAAUAAUUAAAGACAUUUCACAAUUUUAACUUAAAAUAUUAAGGUAAAAUUUGUUUUCGCACCCCAUUUAAUUAAUUCAAAGUAUUACCUUUAAAAUAACUUUGAUUGCAAUUCCUACCUCAGUAUAUUACGUAGACUCUUGCUAUGUCCUUGGUCAAACUUAUGAUUUAAUGUUGGGUCCACUCACAGCAAAAAAAAGUCGUUUUACCAAACCUGAGGACUUACCGUGAGGUCUUAAAGCAGCACUAAUUCCAGUGUAAGAAAGUGAUGGCACUUGACAUCCUACCAAGAAGCUUAUAUCAUCCUUCAUCCCUUUCACACCAACUUGCCAAGUUAGGUGUGAAAGGGACAAAAAACAACCAGGCGUCAUUCAAGGUCAUACCUUCCCGUGACAAGUCAACGUUCAUAGUGCAAUCUCCAGUGUAUUAGAUAUAAGCUUCUUGCAUCCUACAUAGCUCUGUCUCUUUCUUACAUGGGAGUUAGUAUUGCUUUACGUCACUUUACCCUUCUGUGUGGACUUAAUAAAAUAUUCAGACAUUGUAUGGAAGGUGAAUAAUUAUGUAUACUUGUGAUUUUUUAGUUUAUUUUAAUAUUAAAACAGCUUGUAAUUUUGACUUGAAAUAAUACGUGCCAGUCCGUAUAUGCGGUCACAUAACGUUUUCGUAAAUGACAAAAAAAGUACAUAAAGCUGGCUACUCACGUACCUGCAGCAAGGGCAAUAUUGGUACAAUCUCGGUUGCAUGGUGCGGGCGCGGCCGUCGGAACAAUUUCAGUUGUUCUUUAAAUUCUCACUGCUUGCCUAUACACGUCACAAUUAAGGAGCACAAUCAUUAAGGGUGUAAUUCCAAUAUUGCCCCUGCUGCAAGAAGUGAGUAGCCGGCUUAAUGUGACAUAGAAGUUGGAAAUGUAAAAAUUAACUAAUGUCUAACAAUCGUUAUAAAUAUAACAGUAUUGUAACAGAAAUCGUGUGCCAAGAAUUUAAAGAAAUGUAAUGUUAAUUUAACGUUUAUUUUUGUAUUCAUAACUUCUAAGUUAUUGUAAAACUGUUUUGUGUAAAUAUGUAUGUUAUGAAAAACAGAUUGAAAUAAAAGAAAAGUAUGAAA